GGAGUGUACGAUAUCUAAGUUUAAGAAACUAGGUAUAUUAUUAGUAAGGUUAAGUCGGAACUGCAAGAUUCUUAACAUAUUUUUAAAUAUUUUCAUCAAGUUAUUUGUGCAUGGUGAAGCCAAAUCUAUUGGUAGUUAUUGACGGGAAAGAUGUAUUCUUUCCCGGGGAAACUGUACGAGGGGCAGUCGUAAUUCAGUUAGAGGAAUCCUUAGAAGCAAAAGCUGUUGUGUUGAAGUUCCUCGGGAAAGCACACUGGCACAAUGAUGAUGAUAGCGAAGCUUCCCAUGGUCGAGGAUACCUUUUCAACAACGAAAUCACGUUGGUAAGUCCUCAACUACAGAAACGUGAAUCAAAUAUCAUUCUAGAUAGUGGUAAGCAUAGCUUUCCUUUCGAGUUUAUCCUACCCUCUGAGCUGCCAACAUCCUAUCGCCAUCACUAUGACGUCCAACAUUGGGAAGCCUGGAUAUCAUAUACUAUUGAAGCGGUCAUUGAGAGAAAAUUCUACGAACGAAACGAUACCUACUCGCUAGAAUUCCGCGUGCAAGAAGAGCGUAAUCUCAACCUCAUGCCAGAUUUGAAUGAAUACAGCGAAGUGUUAAGCGAGAAGAAUGUUCGCUCUUUCUUUGGUUUCAGCUACGGUUUAUCUUAUGUCAAGUUGUCUGUUCCAAAACGAGGCUACUACUUGGGGGAUAUUAUCAAUGCGACUGUGGACAUUGAUCACGCUGCAUACACCAAUCAAACGAAGGAGGUUACACUCGAGCUGGUACGUGAAACCUCGUAUUUAACUUUGAAAGACAAAUCACGCAAGACAACAAGUUUAACCAUCAAGAAAAGCUUACUACAAGAAAGUCUACAGGCAAACACAAUGUACAAGUGUUCUGAUUUUCUGUCUGUUCCCAUGGAUCUCACACCGGAUGUGUAUGUUAAAGAUUGUCUGCAGAUUAAAUAUUUUCUUCUACUCACUGUUCGACAGUUGACUGCACGAAACAUUACAUGUCGUCUUCCACUCAUCAUUGUAAAACGCCCGGAGUCGGAGAUGUAUUAUUUGAAAUAGACUAAACAGUAUAAUCAUGCAUUGCUAUUUCUGCGUGAUGUGAUUUAUAUAUCAGACCUAAUUGACAGAAAACUGGACGUGAUCAGUUUGACGUCCGUUACCAUUAGCCAAUCAGAUGCGUUUGAUAUAUCCGAUUUACUAAGCCAGUGAGAGAGAGAGUGCAUGGUACUUAUGAUGGUAGCGGUAGUGGAGGUCAAAUAUGAACCUCUCUAUUAGGAUCGAUGGGUCAAUUCAACCUCUCCCAGAAAAACGCUGUAGUAUCAGUUAUCAUAUCAGUUAGAGAGCUUAAGCAGUGAUCAUUUUUGUCAACAACAUCGUCAUGUGCAUGAAAAAAACUGGAAAGGACUUUGGGAAAGUUUAGUACUAAGUUAACUAUUACGUGAUUUUAAGGUUGUUGUUAUCGUUUAAUAUUUACUUAUUAAAAAAGUAAUGCUGUAUUUCACAAUGCCAAUGGCUAUUAGAUCCUAUUAUACAAGGUGUUUUCAGGGUCGGCGUUUUCAGGGUUGGUGUUGUAGUAUAGUAUUUAUAUUAUAUAAUUAUAUACUAUACUGUCUAUCUAGAAAAUAUGAUUUGAUCAAUUUAUUAGAUACAAGUUCUGAACUUUUUGACAGAAAUGUUGCUAUAAACAAAACGCUCUUAUUAAAAACGUUUUAACAAACAGAAAAUUAUAAAUUUUAUUUUUUAAUUAAUCUGAACGAUUUUUAUGAAAACUUCAAACCAACACACCAGUGACCAGUGUGGUUUAUAUUUUUAUAACAAUUUUGCUUAGGUCUGGAAACUAAAAUGAAGAAAGGGACAGAAAGAAGAAAGUUUAAUAUCUCAGAAGUGAUUAAUUAAAUUAAAUUUGGUACGUUCCAUUGAAAUGAAUAUAUCUGGAACUCUACCUCCAAUUGGAAAUGAAGGCGAGCCAGCCUUUCACGCUUGAGGGUUCAAAACAAAAUAAGCAGUUCAACUGAAGGUAGAGUUUCAGUUAUAUUAGAGACCAGACUGCAUGUAUCUGUAAAAUUCCACCAAAUCGAUUUUUUACUAGAAUAAUUGUCAAUUAAAAAAACUCUGCUAUUAUGGUCUGAACGAAUAGAUUGAAAAAUUUAAAAAAAAUAUCCCUCACUGGUUAGUGGCCUCUGACUUCGCAAUGAAAAAGCAGAAACGUACGUGAUCAUGACUGGGCCAAGGCCAAGUGACUGAAUGAGGCCAAAGACCAAUUAUGACGAGGCCAUGUGAAGGCGCGAGCGGCGGCAUUCCGAUUAGUUGCUACUGUAUGUAAAUUUUAUGGCAUUUUUUUAUUACUUCCGUAUAGUACGCCAAAAAGUUGACUUGCGACGAACUUUUUAUUUUGAUACGCGAAUACACCCGGAAUUCCCGGAAGUACGUGGAUUUAUAAACCUCUUUUCAAUCUGCGCAUGCUCACCAGUACGUUUCGGUACGAUACGAUACGGGCGAAGUGGAAAACCGGCUUAAUACUUUUAACGAAGUUACUUACAGCACUGCCGAUGUAGCUGAUAUUGCCAUUGGAAUCAUUAAAACUGUUUAAAUUAAUCAGUCAGUAACUUGUGUUUCACAUAUAGCCUGCACAAUGGAACUGCCCAAAAUUAUUUUUGUACACACUAGCAUAUAUGUACUAUUAAAACACGAGCAGAAUCGAGUGCUUGUACUAUAACUUACUAUUUAAAACACGAGAGCGCAAAUCGAGUGUUUUAUAUGUCUUAUAUCUGAGUCAAAGCACGGUCUGCGAGCGUUUUAACUGGCUUUACCUUUAUAUAGAGAUGUAGGACGGCAAGCGACGACGACGCGGCCAAAACAAAUUCAUUCAAAUAAAUUAUUGUAAAGAAAGCUUAAUAUCGUAUAAAUUCUCAAUCGGACGAAUUUAAAACCGCUUAACGAGAUCAAAACACAGGCUUUCUAUUAGUCUAUUCGGCCGGAGUAGAAUUGAUGCACAUUAGUCAUUACUCAUUACUCAUUAGUACUGAACCAAUUUGCUGGGUAUAUCCACUUCUUAAUAUACGUCCUAAAAUGCAAACGUUGUACACAGGACGUAAAAACUCUGGUUUUAAUACCGGUUGUAAACAGACCGUGGACGACGUAUAAAUCUCCCGUGGUAUAUUUUAAUUAUUCAUGUAUUUUCUUAAAUAUUAUCACUCAUCAUUGUAUUACUAGACGUCGUCGUCACGUUGUUUUCAUUCAUUUUUCCCCCUUAUUCUUUAAUUUAAAAACUAUUUCUUAGAAUCAUAUAAGCUGGGUAUCGCCAGUAUUGUAAUCAGUGAUAUUGUAUAACUUAUAUAUGUCAUAUGAAUUUAUAAUCCUAUAAGAUCUUUUAUAUAUUUUUCUCACUAUAUAACUAGCUUUUAGACGUUUUCAAGUAGAAUUAAUAACUUUGUAUAUAUAUAUUGUAUAUUCAUGAGGGUUUUUCAGUUCUAUUGCUGUCAUGUGUUUUUACCCCUUAAUCUUUAACUACUACAGUAGAUAAAACAUGUACAAACUCGAGCCGAAGGCGAGAGUUUGUCAGUAUCAGAUAAAGAUCGGAUGCGAAUGUUUUAUCGUGCUUAUAAAACGACCCAUCUUAUGAGUUCAUUGGCGAAGUAAUUUUAAAAAUAAACAUUGUCAUUGACAUUGUCUAAGCCGAGAAAAUCAAAGCUAAAGUUUAUGUAAAUCAGGAC